CUAGCUUAUCAUUUCCUAUUGUUUUUUAUUUUAUUUUUGCUAUUUUUCCCUUUAUAUCUUUUUUCGACCUCCCCUUUUUGCUUGCAUCAAACUCGUUCUUGUCAUUACUUUGCUCGUUUUUAAAAGCCUGCCCAAAAUGCACGCCAAAUUUCUUCUCCCUAUCCCCUUGGCUGGCGCCCUGGCUAUACCUAGCCCGGCGCCAAACGCUCCUGGGGAUUUCGCCGUUUCGCACGUCCUCGAAGCCCGCCGCGACCCAGGCCCGCGACCUGCUCCGAAGCCCAGGCCGAGACCGGCGUCGCCGCCUCCUCGCCUUAUCACUUUGGAUAACGAAGGCGGCGCCCGUUGCCGCCCGCGUAGCGUUCCAAAGCUCGACGAAAAGACGGCUAAAAUCGUGGCCCGCUAUUAUAGCUUGGGCGAGGAGUAAAAUAGGCGUAACGUUAGGAAAAACGAAAAAAAACCUAAAGGGAAUAUUAAAAAAAACUUUUGUUGGUUGCAAUUACGCCCCCCGUUUUUAAAAACAUUCGAAACGUAAGGGCUUGCUAUUUAUGCAACAACUUAUUUACUCGUUUAGCGCUGCUUUCCAAAUCCUUCCAUUUAUAUUUAACCUGCCCGCUUUGUUUUUAUUAAAAAAACCUAAGCGAUAGUUUUAAAUGCC